GCUAACUUCAGUCGUCAUAGUCACAAGACUACUCAGCUGAGUCUGUCCAAUUUUCGAUCGUCCGAAAUUGGUGGUUUUCGGAUAGUUUUGUUAUUUUAUUGUGGAUCUAAAUAUUCUUAGCCAAAAUGGCUAAUUUAAGUGAUGAUAAUGUUAGCAAACUCCUGGGUGACGAUAAUAUCGAUAUGAUAGCCGCCACCAGCGUGUUGCAAAUAAGAGCUACCGAGAUCCGUCAAUCGCAAAUAAAUUGGCAAUCUUACCUGCAGUCGCAGAUGAUCACCCAGCGUGAUCACGACUUUAUUGUGAAUCUAGACCAUCACGGCCAAAAGAACCUGCCAGAUAAGAACCCAGAAGUAUGUGCUGAAGUGUUUCUGAACUUGCUUACCCAUGUCAGCAAGGACCAUACUAUCCAGUACACCCUAGUCCUCAUUGAUGAUAUUCUAUCGGAGGACAAGUCUCGCGUAAAGAUAUUCCGUGAAGCAAGACGUCAAGGUGGCUCUGUUUGGCAGACUUUCCUCAAUCUGUUGAACCGUCAAGAUGAGUUCGUCCAACACAUGACAGCUCGCAUCAUUGCCAAGCUAGCCUGCUGGUACCCCCAGCUGAUGGAAAAAAGCGACCUGAACUUCUACCUGUCUUGGCUGAAGGAUGAGCUCAUGCAGAAUGCGGAGAAAAUGUCUGCCGAGUUAGAGCAUGCCGAGCAGGUUAUGUUGGAGCAUGAGAAGCACAAAUUCUCUGAUAAGCAUACCAAACAACACAAAGAAAAGGAGGAAAAGAAACCUGAAGGGGCCGAGGAGAAAUACUCGAGCCUCUACAGUUCUUUUGACCAACUGAAACCGCAUGACGAUCUGCCACCGGGCCUGCAUCAGAACAAUGACUACAUUCAAUCAGUGGCCCGCUGCCUGCAAAUGAUGCUGCGUGUGGACGAGUACCGCUUCGCUUUCUUGUCUGUGGAUGGUAUCUCUACGCUGCUCACCAUCCUGGCUUCCCGUGUCAACUUCCAGGUUCAAUACCAACUAGUGUUCUGCCUGUGGGUGCUUACUUUCAACCCCCUCUUAGCCGAGAAAAUGAACAAAUUCAACGCCAUCCCAAUCCUGGCGGACAUCCUAAGUGACUCUGUCAAGGAGAAGGUGACACGCAUAGUGCUUGCCGUCUUCCGCAACUUGAUCGAGAAACCAGAAGAUCAACAGGUGGCCAAGGAGCACUGCAUCGCCAUGGUGCAGUGCAAGGUCCUGAAGCAGCUGUCCAUACUGGAACAGAAGCGUUCCGAUGAUGAGGACAUCAUGAACGAUGUGGAGUACCUGAACGAGCGUCUGCAGGCCUCUGUGCAAGACCUUAGCUCUUUCGACCAGUAUGCUACUGAAGUCAAGAGUGGACGCCUGGAGUGGUCGCCCGUGCACAAGUCGGCCAAGUUCUGGCGCGAGAACGCGGCGCGGCUGAACGAGCGCGGGCAGGAGCUGCUGCGCACGCUGGUGCACCUGCUGGAGCGCAGCCAGGACCCCGUGGUGCUGGCCGUGGCCUGCUACGACGUGGGCGAGUACGUGCGCCACUACCCGCGCGGCAAGAACAUCAUCGAACAACUGGGUGGUAAACAACGCGUGAUGCACCUUCUGAGCCACGAGGACCCCAACGUGAGGUACGAGGCGCUCCUGGCCGUCCAGAAACUCAUGGUGCACAACUGGGAAUACCUCGGCAAGCAAUUGGAAAAGGAACAGAUAGACAAACAGGCCGGCACGGUUGUUGGCGCGAAAGCCUAACGAGUUAUAUUUUUCAAAUGAAUUAUAAUUGUUGUUACCUAGGAUAUGCUGAAUUCCUUAUAUAGCGAUUCGUAAGCUUCAAACACAUGUAUAUAGUGUGCCACUAAUUUAAAAAAUAAUAUUGUUAUCCAUUUUCGUCUGAACUAAGUAUAAUAUUAUAUUCGUUAAAUGAACUAGAAUGGCUUUUCAAGCGAUCGCUUCAGCAAUUCACUCUGUUUAAUUUUAUCUAAUUCUAUUAUUGUAAAUAAUAAUUCAGAAAUGUCUAAAGAGCAGAUAAUAUUUAUUGAUAAAAAAGUUUUUAUGUUGACACCACAUUCCUUUGAUUUUUGUAGUUACAAAAUUAAUUAAUAUUAUUACAUAUGAUAAUAUUUAAUAUUUGAGGACCUUUAUGAAACGUAGGCAAGCCUACUGAAAUAAUGGGUAGGAAUUAUGUAGUGAACUGCGAAAUAUGACUAAAGUGUUAUGUCAGUAUUGUGAUUAAAAGUAUAAUGAAAUAGUCA